AUGUCUGGUCGUUUCGUCCGUUCUUCCAAAUACCGACACGUCUUCGGUCGACCAACGAGAAAGGACCAAUGCUAUGAUAAUCUUCGGGUUUCGAGAAAUGCUUGGGAUACCAACCUCGUCAAGGUCAACCCUCGGUAUCUUUCGGUGAAUUGGGAGGCCGGUGGUGGUGGUGCUUUUGCUGUUAUUCCUCUUGAGGAGCGAGGCAAAUUGCCUGAGAGAAUACCUCUGUUUCGGGGCCACACUGCUGUUGUUCUGGACACUGACUGGAACCCUUUCAACGAUGAUUUGAUUGCUUCCGGCUCGGACGACGGCAAGGUCCUUCUCUGGCGGGUUCCUGAAGGAUUCACGCUGCGACCGGAUGUCGACCCUGAAGAGAUCCAAGACAUUGCGCCUAUUGGAAAGUUGAGCGGCCACCCGAAGAAAAUCGGGCACGUGCUCUUCAACCCCUCUGCAGAAAACAUUUUGGCAACCGCUUCAGGUGACUACACUGUCAAGAUCUGGGAUAUCGAAGCCGGAGCCGCUAAAUUGACACUGAACCUGGGAGACAUUGUGCAGUCUCAGGCCUGGAGCGCCAAUGGCUCCCUCUUGGUCACUACCUCUCGCGACAAGAAACUGCGGCUGUGGGAUGUGCGUCAGGAGCGGCCUGCACACGAGACUCAAGGCCAUUCGGGCGCGAAGAACAGCCGUGUGGUAUGGCUUGGAGAGCACGAUCGCAUUGCCACCACCGGUUUCUCCCGGAUGAGCGACCGUCAGUUGGCGCUGUGGGAUAUCCGUGCCCCGCGUGAACCCAUUAGCGGCUUCAAGACCCUCGAUUCCAUCUCUGGUGUGUGCAUGCCCUUCUGGGAUGAUGGCACUCAGUGUCUGUAUCUGGCCGGCAGAGGUGAUGGUAACAUCCGCUACUUCGAGCUGGAGAACGACAAGUUUGAGUUCCUUGCGGAGUACAAGUCCGCCGAUCCUCAGCGAGGUAUUGCUUUCAUGCCCAAGCGGGGUGUGAACAUGCACGAGAACGAGGUCACCCGCGCGUUCAAGACCGUCAACGACAGCUAUAUCGAGCCAAUUUCCUUUAUCGUCCCGCGCCGUUCAGAGAACUUCCAAGACGACAUCUAUCCUCCUACCUUCGGUCUGAAGCCCGCCAUGGGUCCGUCGGAGUGGUUCGCUGGGAAGGAAGCCAUCCCGCCCAAGAUCUCUAUGGCCAGUCUCUACGAAGGCGAAGGGCUGCAGGAGGUGACCGGCGUACAAGAGAAGCCGACUGCCGCAAUGGGCGCUCCUGAGCCCAAGGCUGAGGCCGAACCCAAGCCCUCCGAACCCGUCCCUGUCAAGAAGGCUUCCGAGCCUGUUCCAGAACCUACACCUGUCGUUAAGCCGGAGGUGUCCAUGAAGGAGCAGGGAGCUUCCAUGGCGGCUAUGGUGAACAAGUUUGCAGACAAGGAAGAGGAUGAAGUCGAAGCUGCUGAUGAUGACUCGGGCUUUGAGGAGAUCCCGAAACCCGCGGAGCGCACCACUCGCUCUACGGAAAAUGCCUCUCCCUCGGUCAAGACGAGCCCGUGGCACGAGCCUCAAUCGCAGAGCCCUGCCCCGGCUUCUCCCGUGGUCGCCGAACGGGCUACCUCGACUGUUUCUACUCCCGCCAUCUCCACUCCCACUGUUUCUGCACCUGCAGAAUCCACUCCUCUUUCGUCCGCCUCUGUGCCCGCUGACGCUGUCCAGCGGGAGAUCUCCACGAUCAAGGACCUGCUCGCAGAGCAGACCAAGACGAUCGCCUCGCAGGCAGAACAGAUGCAGAACCUGACUGCGGAGAUUGAAUCUCUCAAGGCCAAGCUGGGCUAG